AAAUCCGCACCGGAAGUUGAGUGGUUUGAUCAUUGCUCGCUUGACGUAACGCGCACUACAAUAACAACUUUCUCAACGCGCGCAAGAGUGUUGAGCUGAGACUUCACGCUGCAGCCACCUCCGAGCAAACAAAUACAGAUAUAGAUAUAUAUUUAUAAAUAAAAAGACAUAAGAAGGUGUUUGAGGGCCGACGCAUUGGGUCGGGGCUUCAGACUUAUUCACUUUGAGGGCACAAUUGUGAAAAUACAUCGCGCGGUCAACUUGGGCUGUUUGGUGGCGGAUUUAACGGCACAAUGUGGGGGAUCCAGCGGACGCGCCACGGAGACUGCAACGCCUCGGACGCCAGCGGGGAGACGGAGGUCGUGGUCAACGUCGGCGGGGUGAAACAGGUGCUGUAUGGGGACGCGUUGAGUCGCUACCCGGACACGCGGCUGGCAGAACUGAUCGACUGUUCGCUCAAGUCCUCCGAGGAAAUAUCCGUAUUAUGCGACGACUACGACCCUGACGCGGGGGAAUUCUACUUUGACAGAGACCCCGAGGCAUUUAAAUGCGUCGUCGAGCUGUAUUAUUACGGGGAGAUUCACAUGAAACGAGGCAUCUGUCCAAUUUGUUUCAUGAAGGAGAUGGAGUUCUGGAAGAUCGACGCCGAUUUUCUGGACGACUGCUGUAAAUGCCAACUGAAGGAGGUGGAGGAUGAACUCGCGGAGAUCGCAGAGAAAGUAAGAACUAUCCUGGUGGACCGAGAUGGAGAUCCGUCGGCGGCCGGCUGGCAGCGCUUCCAGAUGUGCCUUUGGAGGCUAAUGGAGAAGCCGGAGUCCUCGCUGCCUGCGCACAUAAUCGCCAUAGUUUCUUUCAUCUUUAUCCUGGUCUCUUCCGUGGUGAUGUGUGUCGGGACCAUCCCCGACCUGCAGGUAGAGGACUCGGAAGGUAACCUCACAGAGAACCCAACUCUGGAGGUCAUCGAGACGGUGUGCAUCUGCUGGUUUACCAUUGAAUACAUCUUGCGUUUAAUCUCCUCCCCAAAUAAAAGGAAAUUUGUCCUGGCUUUCAUGAACGUCAUUGACUUCAUGGCCAUCAUGCCCUUCUUCGUGGUGCUGAUUCUGACCUCUUUCGGCACAGGAGUGAUGGAGCUGGCCAACGUGCAGCAGGCGGUGCAGGCUUUACGCAUAAUGCGCAUUGCGCGCAUUUUCAAACUGGCUCGCCAUUCCUCCGGACUGCAGACCCUCACAUCCGCCCUGAAGAGCAGCUUCAAAGAGCUCGGGCUGCUCCUCAUGUACAUGGGCGUGGGGGUCUUCCUUUUCUCCGCGUUGGGCUACACAAUGGAGCAGAGCCACCCGGAAACCUUGUUCACCAGCAUCCCACAGUCGUUCUGGUGGGCGGUGAUCACCAUGACCACGGUGGGCUACGGAGACGUCUACCCGAAGACCACUUUGGGCCGAUGCAACGCGGCCAUCAGCUUUCUGUGCGGAGUGAUCGCCAUAGCGCUGCCCAUACACCCCAUCAUCAACAAUUUCGUGUUGGUCUACAACAAGCAACAGGUGCUGGAGACUGCGGCCAAGCACGAGAUUGAACUGAUGGCACUGCGCUCCGGGGAAGGCGAGCUGGAGGCAGCGCGCGGCGCCCACGCGCACGUUUGCGUCGCGGGGGUCUGGGACAACGGCGCGCGCUCCUGUCACAGCGACACCUGCACCCCCUCACUGAAGGAUCCCAGAGGAGGGGCCGGACUGCGGCCCCACAGCAUGGAGACAAGCUUCGAAAGCACAGCCGAGUCCACGGAAUAUUUCAUAUCACCUGAGAACACUCUGCGAGAAAACGACAUAAAACGACAGAGCAGCAACUGAAUCGUUAAUUGUCGACUUCAUUAAACUUCAUUAAACCCCGCAAAAUGCAGGCUUACCGAUCCCACGAUGACCGGGGACAACAUUGUAAAUAGCCGAGGUGCUCUCCGAGGACUGUUUAGUGGAAAGGGACACAUAGGGGCACAUACUUGAUGAGCUGCGCCUUUGCGCAGUGACUCCCUGUAUGAGGAAUUCUGUUUGAACAGCAAGCAGCCUUCUUAUAUAACAAACCCCCCCAUCCCCAAUCCUCACACUCACACUUUAGACUGCACUAUAGCUUAUAUUUCUCUGUACAGAUAUAUAAAUAAUACAUCCCGAUGAAUGUUUAAAGAAAAAAAGAAGAACAAAAAAAUUGUCAGCUCCUCCAAGAGACAAGAAUAGCAAGUAUACGCUGAUGACUAACUGGGGGAUAGUAAAAGCAACAUAUUGCCAAUGCAGUGCACGGUUAUCCGACACGAUGAAUGUGAAGCCGUAUGUGAGAUAUAAAAGUCAUGUGCAGAACUUGUCCCAUGAUGGGCUUAGAAAUUUGAUGCAGCCAUCGCCACCGUGCUUGUUCCCGAGGUCCAGUGGAAUAACCUGACUAACCACGUUAUCGGUGAGGGGGAAGGGGAAACAGGCUGGAUGAAAGAAGGAUUCCAGAUAUUAAAAAAAAAAAAAAGAUAUAAAAGUAUAUAUAAUCAGAACGUUGUUUCAUUAAUUUUUCAUGAGAGCAAAGUCAGAGCAGCAGGUGACCAACAUGAAAAGGCUGUGAGAGUUUCAAUGCGACGUGUCUGCCUGUAAAAUGUGUUUAGUGCAUCUCAUUUUAGUGAAACUUGAAAGGACUACGUUUUCACAAUGUUUUAUAAAUGCAUUCUGUAUUGGCUUAAUGGGAACAUGUAUUAAAAGGUUCAAGCUUCACAUUUAAACAGUCUACUCCUACACCAUUAGUCUGAGUGACACGAGGAACUUUCUACACAGAACAAUCCUUCCAUUAGUUGUCACAGUGAGGGAUCUAUUCUAGGUCUGAAAUAAAUGCUGCGGAUUCCAACGGUUUGAACUCGUUGCAGCCUGCAGGAUGAACGAUAUCUAUGGGCUCCUGUUGCACAUCUUAUUCUAUGAAAUGUUAUUAAAUAAUAAUAAUAGUGAAUUAAUAGAAAACAAUGCAGACUUAGUUUACCACAAUAGGUAAAAUGGAAGUCUGCAUUAUUGUUACUGUGGAAGCUACACAUUUUGACCAUUUAUCCAUUUACUCUAAACGCUACCUGUAACCUUCAUGUCACCUUCAGACUUGAGAGCAAAGUCCAAAAAGGGAAUUUUAAAACCGCUGUGUUCACCGGUACCGUAAUGAUUUUUUUAAUCAAUACAAUUUUCUGAGCAUUUCUUUAGCGGCAAACAACUGUACAGUAAACAUUGUAGUGAGUAUAAGCACGUCAUGCGGUCACUUUCCAUCUUUAUGGGCUAUAAUCAAAGUAUUUUCACCCACCAGGGAUGAUCGCCAAAGGUACAUUAUUUAAGGGUUACAUGGACAUUAUCUAUGCUAUCUGGAACAGCCUACUCUGUGUCCUCCUCUGACUUUCAGCGGCUCAGCCGGUUUCCAUGCUGAGACACUUGUUUUUACACUAGACAUGGUAUGAAUUUCAAAUUUAGGACCUCUGUCGAAACAAAGACGAGUCAUUCAUCUUAUGCUGCCCUGCCGAAAGAGAGUCGUCUAUCAUUGGGACAAAAUGUCAGUUGGUGUGAUGGGAGUGAGCAGGCCCUAAUUUAGUAUUAACUGCCACUGAUGUUUUCCACUGAGGUUCAGUUUAAGUCACGCAGCCAUAAAAUAAAGACCAUGCAGGAGGUCAGGCUGUGCUUUGCAGCCUUUCCACCCACACAUCCAGUCCUGUCCCCGGCUGCUAUCUCUGCGGGCAGAAAGGCCUUUGUGCACAGUGACAGGUGGAGCUGGAAUGUCAAAGGCCGGCAUUGUGCAGUGGAACAAUGUUCCUCCAGCAGAUGCACAUGCAAAAAGACGUAUAUAAACAUCCCCCCUCCUCUCUGCCGGCUACCUGCACGGCCACACAGAUAAUUGCAUCUACAAACACUUGUCCGCCUGUGUACCCACAGCCACGGCUGAUCUGCUCUGCGUGACCUGCUGCGACCCGCUGUGAUCUGCUGGCUAAUCACCAAUUUGUUCACCCACACGUUGGUCAUCUGUGGCAUUCAGUGGGUGUUUAAGACGGGGAAUAUUCCUGAGCAUUUACUGAAAGUUGUGCUUGUUAGCAAAAAAGUCCCAAUUAUUGUGAGAACCGUGGUUGUUGCUUCAAAAUAAAUGCUCUUUUCUAAAUCCA